UUUGUUUUUGUUUGUCUCCCACCUCCACCCCGGCCGGCCUCGCGAGAUCUCCCAACUCCAAUGGCGCUCGCCUCCUCCCGCUCCUCCUAAACCUAGCCCCGACCGUACCACCGCCCAGUAGAGCCGGCGGCAACGACCAGCGGCGGCCAUGUCGACGGAUCGGGAGAAGGAGCGGGAGGCCGAGCUGGAGGGCGCCAUGUACACCAACUGCCUCCUCCUCGGCCUCGAUCCCGCCGUCCUCGGCUCCCCCGCCGGCGCCGCCUCCCCACGCGUCGGCCUCUUCCGCCACUCCAACCCCCGCCUCGGCGAGCAGCUCCUCUACUUCCUCCUGUCCUCCCUCCGCGGCCCCGCGCAGUCCGCCAAGGACUUCGACAAGGUGUGGCCGAUCUUCGAUUCCGCCCAGUCCAGGGAGUUCCGCAAGAUCGUACAAGGGAUCAUCAGCGAGCUUGAGCAGCAGGGGGCGCUGCCACGGAGCAACUCCAGGGUUUCGUCACUAGCCACCUGCUGCGGGCCAAGAUUUGUUGAGCUUUUGUGGCAACUCUCUGUACAUGCCUUGAGGGAAGUCCACAGGAGAACAUUUGCAGCUGAUGUAGCAUCAAAUCCAUUGCCAGCAGCACUCACAGAUGUUUCUUAUCUUCACGCGGCUGCAUUACUUCCUGUAACCAAGGCAAGAAUAGCUCUUGAGAGGCGUAAAUUUCUAAAAAAUGCAAAUAUUGCUGUUCAAAGGCAAACAACCUGGUCAAAUUUAGCCCAUGAAAUGACAACAGAAUACCGAAGUCUAUGUGCUGAAGAGGCAUAUCUGCAACAGGAGUUAGAGAAACUACAAGAUAUGAGAAACAAAGCGAAGCUGGAGGGGGAACUGUGGGACGAACGUAUCUCAAGCUCAUCUGGGCAGAAUUCUCAUUUGGUAUCUAAGGCAACACGUUUGUGGGAAUCUAUAUUGGCUCGCAAAGGCCAGCAUGAGGUUUUAGCUUCUGGGCCAAUUGAAGAUCUUAUAGCACAUCGUGAGCAUAGGUACCGGAUAUCUGGAUCACAGUUGCUAGCAGCAAUGGAUACGAGUUCAAGUAUCCCACAUUCUGAAUUACUAUCAGGUCGAGCUGGUGAAACGUCUCCAAUUUUGGACAAACAGGAGCAGAUAUCUCUAUUCCAGGGAAAGGAAGAAGCCCUUUCAAGACUAGAUGAUAGGAAUGGGCGUGCCCAACAAACUGUUGACGUAGCUGAAAUUCUUCGACGUUGGACUCACGCUUUGCAGCGUAUUCAUAAACAGUCUCUUCAUUUGGCCAAAGCAAAUGACGGGGAGGGGCCAGAAUUGCUGCGCAGUGCAUCUGAUGGUGAAACUAGUACCCAUGCUGACUCAUUAACUGCAACAUUGGCUGAACAUCGCCAGCAUUUAGUCAGUAUACAGGGCCUAAUUAAUCAACUCAAGGAAGCUAUUCCAGCAAUGCAGCAGUCAAUAACAGAACUUUCAGAGGAAGUAAAUAGCGUGCCUAGUAAUCCAAUGGAUCAAACAAACUCCAGACAGUUGCUGUCUGUCCAAAAUACAGGGCUUGGAAGACCAGAAGAAAGCAGCAGUGAACUUUCAGAGAUGACUUCUAAGCUCUCUUCUACACACAUAGACAAGGCUGGGAGCAGUCCUUCUCUAAAGCUACCUCCUUUAUUUAGUCUGACUCCAAGUUCUUCUGGAAAGGCAACGCAGACACAAAGACGGAAUGCGCUAGCACGGCAACCUAGCCAAGAAAUUAUGCCCGAAGAGAAAACACUUGUCCUCCCGUCAACCAAAGAUCAAGCAAAUGGUUCUAUGAAUGAAAAUGAUGGUUAUUUUGCUCAUGACAUCAGACGUUCUGUUCGUGAAGCUGCUUUAUCAAAGCCCUUGAACAACACAGAGAGUCCACAGGACAAGAGCAGUGAUGAUGGUUCAGAGCACUUUUUCAUUCCCCUAUCAACAGUUGCUUCAAGGAAGGAUGUGGGUCCUGUGGCAAAUCGAAGAAAACAAAAAAUAGGUCCAUCACCGAAGUUACCCAGGAGCACAAGCGAUGUUUACUUCAAUUCUGAAAGCCCAAUACACACUAUUCCAGCUCUGUCAAGUAAACUAAAUGGCCAUGACGAUCCUAGCAGUGUCUCAAACUUUUUUGAUUCGGUCAGUGGUCAAUCAUUUAUGACGGAUGAUGCUCUUGAUCAAGUAUUCUCCCCGCCACUUCUGUUGGAGUCCUCCUUGUUCCAUGACACAUAUGAGGACUUGCUUGCGCCAUUAUCAGAAACUGAUGCAGCUUUGAUGGAACAUUAGGCAUCACUUGUACACUAUGUAAUACUUAACCACUGCCCGAAUAGGCUUCAGUGCUUAACCGCCCCCCAGAGGUUCUUAUGAUUUAUGUCCGUCCGACUGCCUGCUGGCACAUUCGGGGUGAAUUCUUUGGCUGGUUGAGUUGCAUGCCAGUUGCCAGUUUGCCACCAGCUCGUGAGAGAGGGAUGCUUCUGCUUCAGAAGUUGUGCUACUCUAUUUGGCCAGGCAAGAAUAGCGCCUACAGCUGCUUAGAUGUCUGGAAUGUAUCAACUGUAGUGUGCACAGUAAAAAAAUGCCAGAGCUUGUGUAUUUAGUAUACAUCAUCUGUAUUUGUGUUGUAGUAAUUUUAUCCUCUUAUUCAAGUGCCCGUUUUGAUGUCAGUGCCAAUUGUUAUGCUGGGAAUGGAGUCCCUCCAUAAUUUCAUUUGUGGAUUAGCAAAUCAGCAUGGCAUACUAUAAGGUUAUUAGCAUCUGCCAUCUGGUUCCUGAGAAUGUUUUCUGCUUGAAGGAAUUCCUCUACAAGACUAGAGAAGGGAUGAGCUCCACUUGCGAGAAGCAGGGCUAGUGUAUAUAUGUUCUCCUUGAAAUCUGGAAAGUGUGUUUCCCUCCACAGUUCUUAUGUGAAGAAGUUAUGUAUUGCUAGAGUUUGUGUGAGGAAUUCAUUUUUCGUUGGGUAUAGCAAAUGCAAUAUUAAUGAUUUUCACCAACUGGUACUGAAAUGCAAA